CUGCCACAGUGGCGGGUCGGAGGAUCCCGGCCAGUCAGCUCGUCCCGGCCUCGCGCCCCUCCUCCCCCAAAUAAACAGCCCUCCCCACGCCUCGGGAGCCGGACCGCCCCCUUCCUCCCUCGGCCGGCGUGUUGUGAGGGAGAGUGUGAGUGAGCGAGCGCGGGCCGGCGGCGACCCCGGAGCGCGAGAGGCGGGGCGCGGCGGGCCGGCCGGGCGGCGCGUGUGCGAGCAGGGGCGCGAGCGAGCGCCCGCGGCGACCGCCAGCGGCCCCGCGCCGACGAGCCGGCGGGCGGGCGUGCGGGCGACGGCGGCGGGCGCGAGCGGCGAGGGCGCCGGGCCCGCGCGCACGCACGCACGCACGCGGGGGGCGGGGCAGGCGCGCGCCCGCCUGUCGCGACAGUCGGGGCCGAGGCCCAGGGGGAGGUGGCCUGUCGCGGGUCGCCCGGCUCCCGGAGGCGAGGGGGGCGCGGGCGGAUGGCGGAAGGCGCCCAGCCGCAGCAGCCGCCUCAGCUCGGGCCCGGCGCCGCUGCCCGGGGCAUGAAGCGGGAGUCGGAGCUGGAGCUGCCGGUGCCCGGAGCGGGAGGAGACGGAGCCGAGCCCGGCCUGAGCAAGCGGCCGCGCACCGAGGAGGCGGCGGCCGACGGCGGCGGGAUGCAGAACGAGCCUCUAACCCCAGGUUAUCAUGGAUUCCCAGCGCGGGACAGCCAGGGUAACCAGGAGCCAACAACAACUCCUGACGCAAUGGUCCAGCCUUUUACUACCAUCCCGUUCCCACCACCUCCACAGAACGGAAUUCCCACAGAAUAUGGAGUGCCACACACUCAGGACUAUGCCGGCCAGACCAGUGAGCAUAACCUGACGCUGUAUGGAAGUACGCAAGCCCAUGGAGAACAGAGUAGCAACUCACCUAGCACACAAAACGGAUCUCUCACGCAGACAGAAGGUGGAGCACAGACGGACGGCCAGCAGACACAGACACAAAGUAGUGAAAAUUCAGAGAGUAAAUCUACCCCUAAGCGACUGCAUGUCUCCAAUAUUCCUUUCCGCUUCCGGGACCCUGACCUCCGGCAGAUGUUUGGGCAGUUUGGCAAAAUCCUAGAUGUAGAAAUAAUCUUUAACGAGCGUGGCUCUAAGGGAUUCGGGUUCGUAACUUUCGAGAAUAGUGCUGAUGCAGACAGGGCCAGGGAGAAAUUACACGGCACCGUGGUAGAGGGCCGUAAAAUCGAGGUGAAUAAUGCUACAGCACGUGUAAUGACAAAUAAGAAAAUGGUCACACCGUAUGCAAAUGGUUGGAAAUUAAGCCCAGUAGUUGGAGCUGUGUACGGUCCUGAGUUAUAUGCAGCGUCCAGCUUUCAAGCAGAUGUGUCCCUCGGCAAUGAUGCGGCAGUGCCCCUGUCAGGAAGAGGGGGUAUCAACACGUACAUUCCUUUGAUCAGUCUCCCUUUAGUUCCUGGCUUCCCUUACCCAACUGCAGCCACCACGGCGGCCGCUUUCCGAGGAGCCCAUCUGAGGGGCAGAGGGCGGACGGUAUAUGGUGCAGUCCGAGCGGUACCUCCAACAGCCAUCCCCGCCUAUCCAGGUGUGGUUUACCAGGACGGAUUUUACGGUGCUGACCUCUAUAUAGAAUCUGCAAACUGCUUCAGAUCCAACAGGGUGGAUAUGCAGCCUACAGAUAUGCACAGCCUGCUACUGCAACCGCAGCCACCGCUGCUGCAGCCGCUGCAGCCGCUUACAGCGACGGUUACGGCAGGGUAUACACAGCCGACCCCUACCAUGCCCUUGCCCCUGCCGCUAGCUAUGGAGUUGGCGCUGUGGCGAGUUUAUACCGAGGUGGCUACAGCCGAUUUGCCCCCUACUGAAGUGACGUGAGACCCCUGCAAAUGGGACAGCCCCCCAGUUCAUGAGGCCUGGCUAUUGCAAUAUUUACUAGUAGAGGAACUCUAUAGCAAGAUGAAGAGGAAAAACAAACAAACAACAAAAAAAAAAAAAAACAAAAAAAGAGAGAAUACUUUUUUAUACCUCACUAUGUUCUUUGAAUAUGUAUUUUUUUCCUUUAAAUUUCUGCCUUUAAUUCUUUUGUUCCAAAGAUUGUGCAUUUUUUUCUUUUUUUUUUUUUUUUCUUUUUUUUUUAACUGUGGUAAAAAAAAAAAAAAGAUAAUGCAUUUCCAUGUCUGUAUGUCCGUGCUUAGCUUAUUCUAUCAAUCACGGAGAGGCAGUUAAGAGGAAGGAGAGACUUUAGGAGCUGAUAAAUGCAUCUGAUCAGAAGUCAGUAGACAGGAUUACCAAAGUGUAUCGGUGCUGAGUGGCUGGGGACGAGCAGUGGAAGAGAUCUUUCUGCAACAGCAUAUAUUCUUCUGGUCUUCUGAAUUUCUGGUCUUUGGCAGGCGGUUCUGAUUGGCUGUGGCUGGAAUCCAUAUGCCACUAGAUAGGAAUUUGUGCUUGCAAAGCAGGAGAAUUAAAAAGACAUGUUCCUCUCUUCCCUCCUGUCUUCUCCAUCCUUUUUACAAUCAUCUUACAUGCACAGGCUGAGACAAUUGGCAUAGUUUUUGGAAUUAUAGUAUCGAUAUUUCCAAACAUGCCCUCAGACUGUGGAUAAUAAACACCUCAUUAGGAAACCGAUCUCAGAAUGAACUCUGGAGUAUGAAAAAGCUCUGGAGUAUGAAAAAGCUCAUUUUCCUGUCCUAUAAUCCUGGCAGAGCUUCCUGCUGGGCUUCCUUCCCUUUAAUUGAACCACAGCUUAAGCUCAUCUGUUCUUUUAUUAACAUGCUGCUCCCAUGUCCUCAAGAUUCAGGAAUUUAGGACCCAGGGACAGAAGAAUGAAUAGCCAGUGGCCAGAUUUCCCCAGGCAUCUGGGCACAGCUUGAGGAUUAGAAGUACACAUUGUUAAGAGCCAUUAAAGAGGGUGCAGAGGAGAAAAGGCAUAUUAGAAGGUCUGAUAUUCCUCAUCUUUUUCUUGCAUCAGAAAGUCAGUACAAACAAAGUUAAAAAACAUAAAGAAUUUGUUGGGGAAAGAUAAGGCACCAAACCCUUGGGUCGGCUGUCCCUGGAUGUUUCAGUGAUGAGGACAUGGAGGGUUAGUCAGAGGCACUUUGUACUUGCUCCAAAGCCAUAGGAAUUUUCAUCUUCCAGAGCCUCUGUGAGUCACCUCUGUAUCCAUAGACACCAGCCCUCAUGGCCAUUCCACCCAGCUUCUCAUUAUCCUCCAAAGACACCAGCUGAAAACCUGGUCCAUUUGUUGUAGUUAACACUACAGGACACAGAAUCCAGAGCCUACAUUGGAAGGAGGGUGACAUGGCUAGGGUCUUCCUGCAGGGCCCUGGAGGGAGUCCCUGAGGUUGCUGCCUGGCUUCAGUCUUAUGCCACCGAGGCAGGGAGGACUGACUCUCUCCCAGCUCUUAGGUGUGACAUAGACAAGUGCCCUCCAGCGUUUCCAGAAUAAGGCAUUAGGAAAUGGAACAGCACUCUCUGCUGGGCUCCCUGGCUGGCUCACAUGGUACUAGGGUGACCUUGCACCCAAGGGAUAGCUGCUGAAGGGAGUCGUUCAGAGACAUGGCGCUUCUGCUGUGCUAGGUUUGCUUUGGGUUUGUAUUCUGACUCCUGCCUCCACACGUGUUCUUGGCUGAUAACCGAUUCAUGUCCCUGAAUUAAAAUGGCUGACAUGUGACAGCAUCAGGCAGUCUUUGUGAGCAGAGUGAUGUGUCUGGGAGGGCCCUGGCCUGUCGUGUGUGACACAGAUCUUCUCCCCUCUGCUCUCCUCCCUGGAACCUGGCAGUGGUGGGGAGGCUGUGCCUGGAGCGAGAAGAGAUGGCAAGGAACCCGGAGAUCUCGAUGCAGUCACUGUUUCUGGGGAGCACAUAGAGUAGGGACAGAUCGCCCAGUCCAUUGGCCUUUUAUAGGAUCCCUCCCCUUGAGCCAAAGUUUGGUUUGUUGCUGUUAGAACAAUUUUUGUUGUAUGUAUAUAAAUAUUUCAGUUAGAGGAAGGGGGAUGGGAUAUGGGUCGCAGUUGCAGGGAACGGGGCAGGGAGGGGCUUUCUUUCUGUUGCUUUCCUUUUGAGGAGAACUUUUGCUGACUAAAGAAAUAGAAAUUUGGGGUCCUGUUCAGUAAGGGCCAUUCUUGCAAAUUGGCAAGCCACUUAGCCCAGUGGAGACUAGGCCAAAUCCUCAAUGGUUGUAUGCACAGCAGGAGGAGAAUAGGGGAAUGGGUUUGAGAAUGUUUCUCUUCUUUUUCCCUAGACAGAAAUAAGGAUGACGGGCCAGGUGGAGAAGGCAGCUCCCACCGCCCUGUCAAGAGGCGGGCGCUGGAGGUGAGGGACUGUGUGCACUUCAGCUCAGCUGGUUCUGGCUGAGGCCCCAGGCAAGCUCCGCUUUCCAGUGGGUUCCGCCGCACUUCCCAGAUGCUCUCCAGGGCCCGUUGCCGCGGCUCCAGCUUCCUUUUCUAAGAAAGGUUACAUGGAAUUCUGGUUUUCAUGGAAGGGUCUCUACUCAGCAUCUAGGUGACAGCGUCACCCUCCCACCAACUUGUGAACUACAGUCACUUCACCAGAGGCAGGUUCCCCAGGGCGGCAGAGCUGGUGCGUUCCUGGACUCUAGUUCUCGGUGGAUUCAGAAAAAGAGCAGUUUGGCAUUUUGUGAGUUUGUUAGAGGAUGCUGGUCGAUAAUUCCAAAAAACCUUGGUUAUGCUGGAUCGUAGUACGUGAAUGAGUUUUUUCAGCUUUUCUGUAGUUCAUGACCUGGACUUUCUAUACUAAGCAUCUUACUCAUAGAAGCUUUUAAACACUACACCUCUUUAAGGUCACCUCUUUUAAGGAGACCUCUAGUGAAACCUUUAUCUGACUAUCCCUCUUUCAGCCCAGAGAACUAGCCCUAGGUCUUUUCCAGAAUUUCUUGUAUUAGUUCAACUCCCAUGAACUCCGAUCCACCAUUGUGAUUUAUCAUUUUUAAGGCUCUCAGGUUGUAACAGAACCUACUACCACCAUCAUCCUCCAGCUGCCUCAGUCUCAAUUGAGCCAAUAGACUUUCUUUCCUUGAAAAAGAAGUGGACUGGGGCUCAGCUCUUAGUUAAGGGGAGCUGGUGGAGAUCUAGCCAGUAGACAGCAGCCAGCGCAGCUCGCCCUCAGCUGGAUUGCUCAGGGCUGACCUGCUCUAGCUUAGCGUGCUUCGCUAGAGACGCAGCAGAUAAGUCGGCCUUGCCCAUCCAGCACUAGUCAGCUUCCAGAGGUGGGGUGGAAGCCAGCCCAAGGAUGCGCACCAAGGGCACAGUGAGCCCCUUCCCUUUGGCGGGAGAACUAGACCAGCAAAGGGAGCCUGGAAAGCACCGGCCUUGAAGGAGGGAGGGGACGCUGCUGGGGACCUUUCCCCUGUCGCCCAGUUCAGCCUGGUUCUCUGCUGCCUACAGCCCUCUAGCACAGUAACAUUUGCAGAAUUGCAGAUUUUUUCCCCAGAUAUUAGGAGGAAAGGGACUUUGGGGGGGUGGGGAAGGGGUUGUGGUGUUUUAAAAGCAUAAGUUACCUGUUUGCACUGUUUUAAAAUAGGAAAAAAUAGUGGGCGAGGUGGACAUCAGAUGUAAACGUGUGUGUUUUUAUUUUGUCAUGCUCUUGAGAAUGUCUGACAUUUGUAGUGUACACCAGUGACACUUGCUUCUCUGUUGCAUACAACACUCUGUUUUCUGGAAAUGUUACUGUCCGAAAGCCUCUCCCCUCCCCCUUCCCAUGCACGUCCUCCACCCUCGCUGUACUGACCAGCCAGGCAAAGCCAUCCACAAGCUAGAGUGAAACAGGGCCCUUUCCAAGCAGGCUCUGGGUGUCCCAGCCAGCAUGUGCCCUCUGGGUGACUGAGUGUGGUAGAGUCCCUGUCACCUUCCUUUGAAAAUAGGCUUAGAGACCAGACUGCAGCAGGUGACCACGGUCCUCAGUGAGGCGUCAGCAGCCAGGAGCCUGGGGUGAAUGAAGUAUUGCCUUGGCUGUGAGAGCCGAGUUCUUAUCCUCGUUACCGAAACUGUAGCCAGUUACAGUUUACUCAGGAAAACGGUAGAUCAAUUCAGCCAUGGUAGUGCUGGUUGGCAGGGCUUGGUAACCGAGAGAACCGCUCUUCAGCCAAAACCCAGACCUUGCCUGUCAGGAGACUGCCAGACGGGACUUGGGGCUCUGUUUCUGGCAGGUGUAUGCAUGCCGGUGAUGGGAGGACGCCACCACCCUGGCAGGCAGAAAGGGAACAGCGAUUCUCUUUCCCUCCCCACCCCCCAACACCAGAUUCCCAGGGGGUACGUGAGUUUUUGAGUUCUUCAAACAAAUGUUUUUGGGUUUGUUUUUUUCCGGGGACUGAUAAGUGCUUUAAGCCAUGUCCACACCCAUCCAGACCCCAGCUCAGUCAUUUCCUUGCAUUUUCUGUUCACAGUACUCUGUGUGUGCGUGCUUGUUUCGGCAGCUCGUUUUGGCUGUAGUAUAUAUAUACAUAUAUAUAUAUAUAUAUAUAUAUCGAGUGAUGAAUUGAUUCUCUUUUUUCCCCUAAGGGACAUGGAUUUUUUUUUUUCCUUGCGUUAUCAUUCUGCUUGUGAAUAGCUGGAGCCAACCCGGGGCUGACACACGUAAGCUAGGGCUGCAAGUGAGAAGAGGGCCAGCGGAGUAUACUUGUCCCCAACAGGCUGGCCUCCCUGAGGCUCUGAGCUUUUCAGUCCAAAUCUUUGCAAGGCUCAAAAUGCCGCAGAACCUCUCCUCUCCUCCACGCCGUGACAGGGACUGGGCCAGCCCAACACGCAACAUGCAGUUCUCCAGCCCCUCCCAUCACCGUGGCAGGACAGGCACCUUUGGGGCACGGGGGCAUCCCGUGGGAUGCUUGUACAGUUGACACCUAGCCUUCUCUCCUUCCCCUCCUGGCCUCCCCCAGAAUCACUCCUUAGGACACCCGAGCUGCUUGCCCAGGGUCCUGUUUCCCUGCUAACUCCAGAGAAGCAUCCCAGGGCUUUGUGACAGUCUCUAAUUCCCGUCCCUUCUUGUUAAGAAUCAUAUUGUAUAGUAGCUUUCAGACCAUACAGUAUUCAUUGGGUUACUCCUAUUAUUAUCAAGUAGCUGGAAUUGUGAAGGUCGGAGUAGUUAGAUCUUUAGCUUUUAUUCCUUAUUUUUUGUAUUCCUCUCCAUGUGUAUAAAUUAUUGAUCAUGUUGCUGGCUUUUAUAAACUCAGCGAAGGGGGAGCACGGGCUCAGCCUUUGCAAAUGGUAAUGAAGCACUGUUUUUAAAUAAAAGAGAGAAACACCA